UCCUGUUAUUUGCUGAAAACAAACAAACAAAAAAUGGGACGUUUCUUUUUCUUUUAUUCAUUUCUCUGUUUUGUGUUGCUAAUAAAUGAAUGCUUUUCUUCUUCCUUUGAUCAUCAUCUUUGCUCUCCCACUGAAGCUUCCGCUUUGCUUCAGUUCAAACAAUCCUUUCAAAUUAUGUCCUGUAAUUAUUUCUGUGAUGGAACUUGUUUCCCAAAAACAAAGUCUUGGAAUGAGAGUAGGGAUUGCUGCAGUUGGGAUGGAGUCACUUGUGACUUGUUAAACGGUCAUGUUAUCGGUUUAGACCUUAGUUGCAGUCAGAUUGUUGGCACUUUUCAUCCCAAUAGCAGCCUCUUCCAACUUCAUCAUCUCCAAACACUAAACCUUGCUUACAAUGACUUUUAUCCUUCUUCGAUCCCACAGAACAUUAGCCAAUUGAGGAAUUUGAGGCAUCUCAACCUUUCUGAUGCUUGGUUUCAAGGGAAAAUCCCAACAGAAAUAUCAUACCUUUCCAAUUUGGUUUCACUUGAUCUUUCUAAUAGUUAUCAUAGAUUACAACUUGAUGAGAGAACAUUUGAAACAAUGCUUCACAACUUGACAAAUCUUGAGUUACUAGCUCUCUCUCUUGGCAACAUCUCAUCACCCAUUCAUCCCAAUAGCAGCCUCUUCCAGCUUCAUCAUCUCCACACACUAAACCUUUAUAACGAUUACUUUCCUCCUUUUUCAAUCCCAAAUGGCAUUGGCCGAUUGAGGAAUUUGAGGCAUCUGAUACUCCUUGGCUUUGAUGGAAAAAUCCCAACAGAAAUAUCAUACCUUUCCAAUUUGGUUUCACUUGAUCUUUCUAAUAGUUAUGCAUUAGAACUUGAUGAGAGAACAUUUGAAACAAUGCUUCAAAACUUUACAAAUCUUGAGUUACUAGCUCUCCCUCUUGGCAGCAUCUCAUCACCCAUUCAUCCCAAUAGCAGCCUCUUCCAGCUUCAUCAUCUCCACACACUAAACCUUGCUUGCAAUUACUUUCCUCCUUUUUCAAUCCCAAAUGGCAUUGGCCGAUUGACGAAUUUGAGGCAUCUGAUACUCUCUGACUUUGAUGGACAAAUCCCAACAGAAAUCUCAUACCUUUCCAAUUUGGUUUCACUUGAUCUUUCUAAUAGUUAUGCAUUAAAACUUGAUGAGAGAACAUUUGAAACAAUGCUUCACAACUUGACAAAUCUGGAGCUACUUUCUCUCUCUGACGUCGACAUCUCAUCUCCGAUACCUCUCAAUAUUUCUUCUUCUUUAAGGCACUUGGAUCUUGAUAAUACUAAUCUGCGAGGUGUUCUCACAGAGAGCUUUUUCCUUGUUCCAAACAGCUUGGAAACGCUCAAAUUGAGUGGGAAUAAUCUUCUCAAAGGAGUAUUUCCAAAGGUACACCGGAGCAACACUCUGUUAAUGGAGUUGGAUAUUUCAUACACAGGCAUCUCUGGUGAGCUGCCAGAUUCAAUUGGCAACUUCAGUUCCUUGAAUAUCUUGAACCUCUAUGGAUGUCAAUUCUCUGGUUCCAUUCCUGAUUCCAUAGGCAACCUAACACUAAUUACAAAGUUAUAUUUAUCUAAUAAUCAUUUCACUGGCAAUAUUCCUGAUGUUUUCUCUAACCUCCAAGAUCUAUAUUAUUUAGAGCUUUCUAAAAACAGCUUCAUCGGUUUGUUUCCCGUUUCAAUUUUAAGUUUGACAUGUCUUAAAUAUUUAUACAUGUCGAAUAAUUCCCUAUCUGGCCCACUUCCUAAUAAUGUGAGCAUCCUUCAAGAGCUAGUUUCUGUGGAUUUGUCUUUCAACUCACUGAAUGGUACCAUACCAUCUUGGGUGUUUAGCCUACCUAUGAUUUAUUCAGUGUCUCUCCAACAUAACCAAUUCAGAGGAAUAGCCGAUGAAGUGAUCAAAAUAAACCCAACAUUAUAUGAACUGCAUUUAAGCAAUAAUCAACUCAGUGGUUCUUUUCCUCAAUCACUUGUGAAUCUCACAAAUCUUGUAACCCUUGGAAUUUCAUCAAAUAACAUCACCAUUGAUGAGGGAAUGAAUAUCACCUUUCUUAGCCUAUCAUCUUUAUUCUUAUCAUCUUGUCAACUGAAGCAUUUUCCACACUUCUUGAGAAAUAUAAACACACUUGUGUACUUGGAUAUUUCUAACAAUAAGAUUUGUGGUGAAAUUCCUAACUGGUUUAGCGGCAUGUGGUGGAACUCGUUGCAGUUCCUAAACCUUUCUCAUAAUUCAUUAACAGGCCACCUACCACAGUUUCAUUACUAUAGUCUAGAGUAUCUUGAUCUGAAAUUUAACUCCCUUCAGGGUCCACUACCUUCAUCCAUUUGUAACAUGAGCAAACUUAUCUUAUUAGAUUUAUCACAUAACUACUUCAGUGAUUCUGUUCCACAUUGCUUGGGAAGCUUGGAUUUACUAGCGGCGCUGGACUUAAGAAGGAACAAUCUCACAGGGAAUCUUCCUCCAUUAUGUGCACAGAGCACUUCAUUGAGUACCAUUGUCGUAAAUGGUAAUCGAUUUGAAGGACCUGUUCCUGUGUCAUUGCUCAAGUGUAAUGGUCUAGAAGUCCUUGAUGUGGGGAACAAUGCUAUAAAUGACACAUUUCCAGCUUGGCUCGGAAUUCUUCAAGAGCUGCAGGUCCUUAUAUUAAAGUCGAACAAGUUCCAUGGACCUAUAAGUAUGUGUCAGACUGAGUUUUGCUUUCCCAAGUUGCGAAUUUUUGAUCUUUCUCGUAAUGAUUUCAGUGGCUCACUUCCUGCAAAAGUUUUUGGAAACUUCAAGGCAAUGAUCAAAUUAGAUGGUGAAGACAGAGGAAAUAUCAAGUACAUGACAUCUCUGUUGAAUUCGCCAUUUGUCACAUCGUAUGAGAAUUCAGUGAGUUUGGUAAUCAAAGGGCAGGAUUUUGAGCUACAAAGAAUCAGCACAAUUACGACAACCAUAGAUCUCUCAAGCAACCAUUUUGAAGGUGUCAUUCCGAAAACACUAAAGGAUCUCAGGUCACUUUGGCUACUCAAUUUAUCUCAUAACAAUCUCAUAGGUCAUAUUCCAAUGGAAUUGGGGCAAUUGAAUAUGCUUGAAGCUUUAGAUCUCUCUUGGAAUCGGCUGACUGGAAAGAUUCCACAGGAAUUGACAAGACUGAACUUUCUGGCCAUCUUAAACCUCUCUCAAAAUCAUCUCAUGGGACCAAUUCCUCAAGGUCGACAGUUCAACACAUUUGAAAAUGACUCAUAUGGUGGCAACCUUGAUUUAUGCGGUGUUCCUUUAACUAACAAAUGUGGAACGAGUGAUUCAUCGCAUGUUCCUCAACCAGAAGAUAAAGACGAGUCAUAUUUUUUCAGUGGAUUUACUUGGGAAUCAGUAGUCAUAGGCUACAGUUUUGGACUAGUUGUUGGAACAGUCAUGUGGAGUCUCAUGUUUAAAUAUCGCAAGCCAAAAUGGUUUGUGGAAUUUUUUGAUGGACUGAUGCCUCACAAAAGAAGAAGGCCGAAAAAGAGAGCUCAGAGACGAUGACUUAAUGGAAGAUUGAGAGGGGCCAAGUUGUCUUUGUUUAAUUUUGUGGACUAAUUAGUGAAGUUUUCUGGUUCUGUUUUUAUCUUUUCAACUUUCUGUCUGUUGUUUGUAUAUGUUUGAUAGAAACAUAAUUGUAUUUGUGUUAUUCAUGUUAUGUUAGUUUGUUAUAUAGAUCUGUCUAUAACAGCUUCAUCGGUCUGUUUUCCUAUUCAAUUGUAAGCUUGACACAUCUUCAAAGCUUAAACAUAUCGAGUAAUUCCCUA